GCAAUGCAUCGCGCAGGUGUUGAACAAAACGCAGUGACAUACGGGAUAUACCAUCGCGCUGUUUUGGACGCAAAGUGGCCAACACCUGCAAGGCAACGAGCAAUCGAGGCAUGGGCUCAGCUUAGGCUGUUUGUUCAAGCUCUUAUAAAGCUGAAGGCUUGUAUACGAACGGAUACUCGCAGUCUUUGCCCUCCAACAACAGACUCUUACUCUGUAAGUGAUGGCGGAUAUCAUAGUGAUAAAACGGCAGAAGAGAAACGAUUAGAGGCGUUGGAGUUGGAGACAAAGCCUUACGUUAUUUCAUAUCAUUCUCUUCAGGAAAACAAAGAAAAAGAUCCACUUUCCUCUACAAACGAUGAAGUUUCCCUCAGCAAGAGUAAUCCGCUUGAUCCUUUGGGGGCUUUGGCAUCUAGUGAAACUCCCAAGGCUGCAACUCACUCCAAUCAACUGCCGAUGAGCCCGAGCAGAGCGAAGUUCAUGGCUGAAUUGCAGUCGACACCAUUUGCUAGCGAGUUGAAUCCCAAAGCGGAAAACAAAGUAAAAGUGACCCCAAAUAAAUCAUUAGGAUGGCUCAAGGGGAUAACAAAUAGUCCCAUCAUGAAGAUGAUCCGCAGUCAAACCUUUGAAAACCAGAAAGACGAAGAAAACGAUCCAGGCCUUACAAUGAGCCCAAGCCUGCACUCGCUUGUCAAUCAAGUUUGGAAAGGCUACGAUGAUGUCCGCAUGGAUGCCGUGUCCUCAAAGUUGAAGUUGGGAGUAUCGUCAUUGGUGCGUGAGGUGAAGAGUCUAAAUCGUUCCUACCGUGAAAGGGGCAGCGGUACACUAUUCGGCGAUGAUUCUGAUGAUGAAAUCGUUGAUAUAGACGAAGAAGACCCUGCAUAUCAGCUUGACUGCGGCAAAGCUGACUCCAUCCUUAGCGACGAGUGGUGGUUGAAAGAGGUUUUCCUACAAUUACGUCGGAACGAGAUGCGUAAGGCUGAUACUAAUGAGAAGACACAUUACUAUUCUGGAUCGAAGUUCGUUGAUGUGACUUUAUCAUCCUGCACAUCAUGUCCGACUUGUCGAACGAUGAUUUAUGAUGAAGAAAUAAUGUCUGGAUGGAAGGUAGACGAUCAAAAUCUGAAUACUGCUUGUCCUUAUUGCUGCUCUGCUGAAGAAGCCCCGCACGACUCGGAAAGAAAAGGAGUUUUUGCUCCAAGGUUGACAGUACAUCUUGAUCUACGGGAUCAGCCUUUGUCAAGCUGGUACAGUCCUAGUUGUUACGAAGGAGACACAGAUAACAACACGGAUGAGUCGGAGCUAGAAAAUGAAGAUGUCUGCGUUUCUUUCGUUAGUCCUCUAGUGCUCCGCCGUGAGGUAGAGACUUUACUGGCCAAUGAUCUGCAUGCGUUAAAGGAUCCAAAAAUUAUGAGCACUCAUCCGGUUGUCUUUUGGAACCUUGUGUACUAUCUUCGCCGUCUUUCCUUGCCUACUCAUCUGUACACGUAA